AUGGUUGGGCCUAGAAAGCGACGUCAGGACUCUGACGACGAGGAAGAAGAGCUCCAGGCUCUCCCUAGUGACGAAGAAGAAGAGGAAGAAGAGUAUGAAGACUCCGAGAUCGAUGAAGACGAAGAUGGAGAAGAGGAGGAGGAAGAAGAAGAAGAAGAGGUAGAUGGUGAAGAGGAAGAAGAAGAGGAAGCCCCUCCUCCCAAGAAGCGCAAGGCUGACGUCGAACCCCUCGAGCCUGCUUCAAAGAAGUCCAAAACUACCGCAGAAGAAGAAAAGGAAGAAGAUGGGGAAGAAGAGGAGGAGGAAGAGGAGGUUGAAGAUGAUGCCCCAGGAGACGAUGCCGAUGGACAUGAGCAGGAAGAUGAACCUGCGGUGAAGACCAAAGUCAUCGCCGGCUCCGAGAGCAAGACAGCUGCCGUGACGGCGGAAACAGAGGACCUCGAGGAUGAAGAGUAG